UGGCGGCCUCCGGCUCAGUUCUCCAAGUUUGUAGGGAUGACCCACAACUCGAGUGUGCUGCUGUACCGGGCCGGUCAGCAGGCGUCCGGCGCGCUCCAGCUGUUCGCCGAGAAGGGCGACUCGGCCGGCCUGGAGACGAAUGCCCAGGGUGACCUGGGCGUGCUGGACCAGUUCACGGCGCCGGCCGUCACGCAGGGAGAGGGCACCACCCACUCGCAGCUCUUCGUCGACGGCGUCCACUCCAAGGUGUCGAUGAUCUCUAAGAUCGUGCCGUCUCCCGACUGGUUCAUCGGCAUCGACAGCCUGGAGCUCUGCGAAGACGGACACUGGAUCGACACACUGGAUGUCAAGCUGUUCCCGAUGGAUGCCGGCACCGACCAGGGCCUGGCGUUCACCUCGCCCAACUGGGAGUCGGUGCCGCACGAGCCCAUCUACCAGAUCACCAGCCGGCGGCCGGACCACCCGGCCAGCAGCUUCCAGUACCCCGACCUCGACGCGCUGCCGCCGCUGGCCAGCCUGCACAUCUUCAGGGUGCGGUCCUACAAGCUGGCGCACGAAUUCCACCAGUCCAACACGGUGGUGUACACGGUGGACACGGCGCCGCCGGAGAAGGUGCAAAUCGUCACCACCACGCAGCGCUCGGUCCAGCUGCCGGGCAUUCAGCUGUCGACCCAGUCGGCCAGGCCGCCGCCGGCCGGCGCCGCCGCCCGGCACGCCGACGGCAGUCUGUCCCAGGUGGCGCUGCGGUCGGACGGCGAGCCGACCAAGAUCGACGGCCUGCGUCUCAAGGUGGUCAGGGCCGACGAGCUGAGCGGCGUCAAGGUGCGCAACGGAGACCGGCAGGCCAUCAUCGAGAAGAUCACCAGCCACUACCACCACAAGCGACGCAAGUCGCGCCGCCGCCGCCGCAAACACCUCAAACGCAAACGUGGGCCGCGCAACUGUUCAGUGGGCCCCUGGUCGGACUGGGGUCGCUGCUCGCGCGCCUGCGGUAUCGGCGAGAUGACGCGGACGCGGCAGGUGACGCGCCACGCGCGCCGCGGCGGCAAGCCGUGCCCGCCGCUGGAGCAGCGGCGCUGGUGCGGCUCGGCCCGCAGCUGCGACAAGCGUUACUUCAACUGGUAGCCGGCACCGCCGCGCACAGAGCGACGCCGCCCGGCCGGCCGACGGACGGCGGCGACGCUGGCGUCAUCUGCGCGGGCGACGCGGGCGACAUCUGCAGGGCGCCCGCCAGCCGAGGACUGCUCAGGUAGCCGCGCGGAGGCUGUGGGCGCGGACAGUUGUUUGUGGACGAUCGAGAGGGGGUGGGUCUCGGAGUGCCGCCUGCCCUCUGUGGACCGUUCUAGCCCGCGCUGUGCGCUGGUUGGAGAGCGCCCGCGGUCGGAACUGACCUCCGCUGGCCGUGCUGAGCUUCGCUGGCCGCGCGGUCUCGCCGCGACAGAACGGCCUUGCCCCGCCCGUGCUGGACACGGC